AUGGCCUCAGAUUUCCUUGACAAUCGUGCUAGUCGCGCUUCGUCAUAUUCAAAUGGUUCUAUUUUAUGCAAUAAUAAGAAAACAAUUAAAGGGACGCGUAAUGAAUUUCAAACUCUCAGAAUUUUUGAUGGCAAACCGAUGAAAGACAUAUUGAGCGCAAUCGGAGGAACUCCACUCGUUAAAUUGAAUCGCAUUCCUCAAUCAUUUGGAAUAAAAUGCAAUAUUUAUGCAAAGUUGGAAUAUAUGAGUAGUGGGGGUUCAACAAAGGAUCGAAUAGCAAAACGAAUGGUUGAAAUAGCUGAAGAAUGCGGGGCAUUAAAACCCGGAAUGACUAUAAUCGAACCAAUAUGUGCAAAUACAGGAAUCGGCCUUGCAUUAGUGGCAGCUGUUAAAGGAUACAACUGCAUCGCUAUCGUACCAGAAAAAACGAGCCACGAUAAGAUAACCACUUUAAAGGCGCUUGGUGCGACAGUUGUUCAUGUUCCAAAUGAUUCCGCUUGUGAUUUCAUGAAUUUCGCAUUGAAAAUUCAAAAAGAAAUAAAAGAUUCAGUUAUUCUGGACCAGUUCUCGAAUAUCGCAAAUCCUCUUGCUCAUUAUGAAAGCACUGGAGCCGAAAUCCUAUAUGCUUUGGAUAAUAAAGUAGAUGCAAUUGUUUCGGUUGUUAAUACGGGUGGUUCUUUCAGUGGGAUUGGUCGACGUAUCAAAGAAAAGUGCCCAAACGUCAAGGUUGGCAAACUAAAUUACACUGGUAAUGACUUUAUACCAAUUUCAUUUGGUCAGGAAAUUAUAGAUGAAUUCAUCGAAGUAACAGAUGGAGAAUCAUUCAGAAUGGCCCGGCGCCUUAUCCGUGAGGAAGGACUUUUAUGUGGAGGUAGUUCUGGCGCUGCUAUCAUCGCUGCAAUAAAGGCUUGUGAAGAUAUGAGCGAAGGACAAAACUGUAUUGUAAUUCUUCAUGACACAGUUCGCAAUUACAUGACAAAAUUCGUCAGCGAUGACUGGAUGAUAAGUAAAGGUUUCAUAAAAAAGAUCGCUAAAGAAGCAAUUCGCCCUAAAUCAGAACAUCAUUAUGGUAGUUCAAUAGAUUAUCCACCGAAAAGCCGAAAAGUGGAUUAUGUUUGGAGUACUCUAAAUCCUGAAAUAAAUACUUUCCCAAUUCCGUUUAAACCUUGGAGAGGUGCACCAAAUCGCGCUGCUGGUGAGACAGCACAGUCAUUGCCAAAUUUUCACAGACCAAUGUUAUUUAAAAAUGCACUUGAAGCCAUUGGUAAUACUCCGCUUGUUAAAUUAAAUAAAAUAUCCGAAUCGAUGGGAAUCAAAUGCCAAGUUUAUGUGAAAUGUGAAUACUUAAAUCCUGCAGGAUCUGUAAAAGACCGAAUUGCACUGCGAAUGAUCGAAGUAGCUGAACAACAAGGCAAACUUAAGCCUGGAAUGACAAUAAUUGAGCCUACAUCAGGGAAUACUGGCUUAGGUUUGGCUAUGGUUUCCGCGAUACGAGGAUAUCGUUGUAUUAUUGUAAUGCCUGAAAAAAUGAGCCGAGAAAAAGCAGAUAUUAUACAAGCUUUUGGAGCCGAAGUUGUAAGAACACCAACUGAAGUGUCCACAGAUAGCCCAGAUUCGCAUUUUGGUGUCGCCAUGCGGCUCCGAGAUGAAAUAAAAGGUGCUAUAAUAUUAGAUCAGUUUCAAAAUAUAUGCAAUCCAUUGGCUCAUUAUGAAAACACCGCUGAAGAAAUUCUUUAUGCACUGGAUGAUCAUGUUGACAUGUACGUCGCCGGAACAGGAACAGGUGGAACCUUGACUGGAGCUGCAUACAAGAUAAAGGAAAUUUGCCCUAACUGUAUCAUAGUGGCAGCAGAUCCGGAAGGAUCGAUUUUAGCAAAUCCAUUAACUUCUCGCCCUUCAUUAUAUGAGGUUGAAGGAAUUGGUGACGAUUUUCUCCCUUUAACAUUGGAUCGUAAUAUCGUUGAUAUUUGGGCAAAAACAAAUGAUAAAGAUUCAUUUAAAAUGGCUCGUCGUCUAAUCAGAGAAGAGGGUAUACUUUGCGGCGGAAGUUCAGGAUCUAAUUUAUGUGCUGCUUUGCAAAAUGCUAAAUGCUUAAGUGAGGAUCAAAAAUGCGUUGUUAUUCUACCUGACGGGAUACGAAAUUAUAUGUAA